AUGGGAGUUUUGGACGAAUUCCUUGCUUUUUUCUCCUUAGAAACGCUCGAUGUGAGACUCUUUCCUCCAAGUGAUGUGUCAAAAAGACAAGCGAUUAUCAGCAAGGCAGAUCGCAAGUCAAAAUGGGGAACACUCGAGUUCAAAUUCUACUUGACUGUAUUUGCAGUCGUCGUUCCAUUGAUGUAUAAGACAGCUAUGGACGCGUCCAAUGAGACUAACCCUAAUUACCCUCGUUUCCAACAUCUUUUGAGUCAAGGAUGGAUGUUUGGUAGAAAAGUUGACAAUUCGGACCAGCAAUAUAGGUUUUUCAGAGAUAAUUUGCCUAUGCUCUGUGGCCUUAUUGUGUUACAUGUAAUUCUUCGUAGGGCGGUCAAUUCAGUUUUGAAAUUGAAGAAAAGAACAUAUUUUGACUUUGGUUUUGGGAUUUUAUUCUUAUUUGCUGCACACGGAACUAAUAUGUUUCGGAUUUUGAUUCAUCUUUCAAUAAAUUAUGCAAUUGGUCAAUUUGUGCCCUCUUGGAAGGUUGCAAUUUGGCUCACAUGGAUAUACGGAAUCCUGUCAUUAUUUCUCAAUGAUCGUUAUAGAGCAGUGCCAUUUGGUAUUGGUAUAAUUGAUCAUGGAUUCAAGGGCAUCAUCGCAAGAUGGGAUGUAUUUUUUAACUUUACUUUACUCAGAAUGUUAUCUUUCAAUUUGGAUUAUCUUGAGAAGAAGAAAGAACUUGAUAAAGCUUUAAAUAGCAAAGACGGGGAAGCUAAAUCAAUUUCUUUAGAAAAUACGGAUUUCAAUGACAGAGAAAGAUUAACUGCACCCAUCCCAAUACAGGAUUACAAUAUUGUGAACUAUAUCGCCUAUAUCACGUACACUCCUUUAUUCAUCGCCGGUCCUAUUUUGACAUUCAAUGACUACAUCUAUCAAUCGAAUUAUCAUCAACUAAACUCGGUCAAGAAUUACAAGAGGACCUUUGUGUACCUUGUUAGAUUAGCAUUUUGUGUCCUAGUAAUGGAGUUUUUGUUACAUUUUAUGUAUGUUGUUGCAGUUUCAAAGACCAAAGCUUGGACAGGGGAUACGCCAUUUCAGUUAUCAAUGCUCGGUCUUUUUAAUCUCAAUAUCAUAUGGCUCAAAUUGUUAAUCCCAUGGAGGUUGUUCAGAUUUUGGAGCUUGUUAGAUGGAAUAGAUCCUCCUGAAAACAUGAUUAGAUGUAUGGAUAAUAACUAUUCAGCUUUGGCAUUUUGGAGAGCGUGGCAUAGAUCUUUUAACAGAUGGGUGAUACGUUACAUAUAUAUACCACUUGGAGGCGGAGGGAAAUACAGAAUUGUCAAUUCUUUACUAGUCUUCAGCUUUGUUGCGAUUUGGCAUGACAUAGAGCUAAAAUUACUUAUGUGGGGUUGGUUGGUUGUGGUGUUCCUACUUCCUGAGAUUUUAGCCACUGCUUAUUGUAGAAGGUAUCAGAAUGAACCCUGGUUCAGGUAUCUAUGUGGAGUUGGAGCAGUUAUUAAUAUCUGGAUGAUGAUGAUUGCAAAUUUAUUUGGGUUUUGUUUAGGUAAGGACGGUACGUUAGCAUUGUUGAACAUUAUGUUUAAUACACUAUCUGGAAUAGCAUUUUUUAUAGUUUCUUCCGGAGCUUUAUUCGUGGGUUCUCAAGUGAUGUUUGAAUUGAGAGAAUCAGAAAAGAGGAAAGGUAUUGACGUAAAGUGUUGA